AAAAAAAAUUAUAUAUACACAAAAUGUUUUGAAUUUGGGUCGGCCACGUAGCGCCCGAUUGACCGCCAGAGAUACGACGAGAACGAGGACUUGUCGGACGUGGAGGAGAUCGUCAGCGCCCGCGGCUUCAGCCUGGAGGAGAAGCUGCGCAGCCAGCUCUACCGGGGGGACUUCGUGCACGCCCUGGAGGGCAAGGAUUUCAACUAUGAGUACGUGCAGAGAGAAGCUCUCAGAGUUCCCCUGAUAUUUCGAGAAAAGGAUGGCCUGGGAAUUAAGAUGCCUGACCCUGAUUUCACAGUCCGAGAUGUCAAACUCCUAGUGGGUAGCCGGCGGCUGGUGGAUGUGAUGGACGUGAACACACAGAAAGGCACGGAGAUGAGCAUGUCCCAGUUUGUGCGGUACUAUGAGACGCCCGAGGCCCAGCGGGACAAGCUGUACAACGUCAUCAGCCUUGAGUUCAGCCACACCAAGCUGGAGCACUUGGUCAAGCGUCCCACCGUGGUAGACCUGGUGGACUGGGUGGAUAACAUGUGGCCCCAGCACUUGAAGGAGAAGCAGACGGAAGCCACGAAUGCCAUCGCAGAGAUGAAGUACCCGAAAGUGAAGAAGUACUGUCUGAUGAGCGUGAAAGGUUGUUUCACUGACUUCCACAUCGACUUUGGAGGCACUUCCGUUUGGUACCAUGUUUUCCGGGGAGGGAAGAUCUUUUGGCUGAUUCCUCCGACCUUGCACAAUUUGGCACUGUACGAGGAGUGGGUGCUGUCAGGCAAACAGAGCGACAUCUUCCUGGGAGACCGUGUGGAGCGAUGCCAAAGAAUUGAGCUGAAACAGGGCUACACAUUUUUCAUCCCUUCCGGCUGGAUCCAUGCAGUCUACACCCCCGUAGACUCUCUGGUGUUCGGCGGAAACAUUCUGCACAGCUUCAACGUGCCCAUGCAGCUGCGGAUCUACGAGAUCGAGGACAGAACGCGGGUGCAGCCCAAAUUCCGGUACCCCUUCUACUAUGAGAUGUGCUGGUAUGUCUUGGAGAGAUAUGUGUACUGUGUGACCCAGCGGUCCUACCUCACUCAGGAAUACCAGAGAGAAUCAAUGCUUAUUGAUGCCCCAAGAAAGCCCAGCAUAGACGGCUUCUCAUCUGAUUCCUGGCUGGAGAUGGACGAGGAGUCCUGUGAGCAGCAGCCCCAGGAGGAGGAGAAGGAGGGGGAGGGGGAGGAAGAGGAGGAGGGUGCAGAUAAGACGCCCAAAGCUGCCACCGAUGGCCCUGCCUCGCCCAGCAGCACCCCCUCCGAGGACCCGGAGGCCCCCGGGAAGAAGCCCAAGGCCCCUGCCAUGCGGUUCCUCAAAAGGACUUUGUCGAAUGAGUCAGAAGACAGUGUGAAGUCCGCCACGGUGCCCAUAGACUACCCCAAGACGCCCACCGGCUCUCCCGCCACCGAGGUCUCUGCCAAAUGGACCCACCUCACCGAGUUUGAACUGAAGGGCCUGAAAGCUUUGGUGGAGAAACUUGAAUCCCUCCCGGAGAACAAGAAGUGUGUUCCUGAGGGCAUCGAGGACCCCCAGGCACUCCUGGAGGGUGUGAAGAAUGUCCUGAAGGAGCAUGCGGAUGACGACCCCAGUCUGGCCAUCACUGGGGUCCCCGUAGUCACUUGGCCAAAGAAGACUCCAAAGAACCGGGCCGUAGGUCGGCCCAAAGGGAAGCUGGGCCCCGCCUCUGCGGUGAAGUUGGCCGCCAACCGGACCACGGCGGGAGCUCGCCGGCGCCGGACGCGAUGCCGCAAGUGCGAGGCCUGCCUGCGGACGGAGUGUGGAGAGUGCCACUUCUGCAAGGACAUGAAGAAGUUCGGGGGCCCCGGGCGGAUGAAGCAGAGCUGCAUCAUGCGGCAGUGCAUCGCGCCAGUGCUGCCCCACACCGCCGUGUGUCUAGUGUGUGGCGAGGCAGGAAAAGAGGACACAGUGGAAGAGGAAGAAGGCAAGUUUAACCUCAUGCUCAUGGAGUGCUCCAUCUGCAACGAAAUCAUCCACCCUGGAUGCCUUAAGAUUAAGGAGUCAGAGGGCGUGGUCAACGAUGAGCUUCCAAACUGCUGGGAGUGUCCAAAGUGUAACCACGCUGGCAAGACCGGGAAACAAAAGCGUGGCCCUGGCUUUAAGUAUGCCUCAAACCUGCCCGGCUCCCUGCUCAAGGAGCAGAAGAUGAACCGGGACAGCAAGGAGGCGCAGGAGCCUGCCAAGCGGAGGAGUGAGUGUGAAGAGGCGCCCCGGCGCAGGCCAGACGAGCACCCCAAGAAGGUGCCCCCUGACGGCAUCCUGCGCCGAAAGUCAGACGAUGUGCACCUCAGGAGGAAGCGGAAAUACGAGAAGCCCCAGGAGCUGAGUGGACGCAAGCGAGCCUCGACGCUUCAAACGUCCCCCGGUUCCUCCUCUCACCUCUCGCCGAGGCCCCCUCUAGGCAGCAGCCUCAGCCCCUGGUGGAGAUCCAGUCUCACUUACUUCCAGCAGCAGCUAAAACCCGGCAAAGAAGAUAAGCUUUUCAGGAAAAAGCGGCGGUCCUGGAAGAACGCUGAGGACCGAAUGGCUCUGGCCAACAAGCCUCUCAGGCGCUUCAAGCAGGAGCCGGAGGAAGACCUGCCCGAGGCGCCCCCCAAGACGAGGGAGAGCGACCACUCCCGCUCCAGCUCCCCCACCGCCGGCCCCAGCACGGAGGGGGCGGAGGGCCCCGAGGAGAAGAGGAAGGUGAAGAUGCGCCGGAAGCGGCGACUCCCCAGCAAGGAGCUGAGCAAGGAGCUGAGCAAGGAGCUCAACCAGGAGAUCCAGAAGACGGAGAGCAGCCUGGCACACGAGAACCACCAGCCCAUCAAGUCGGAGCCUGAGAGCGAGAACGAGGAGCCCAAGCGGCCACUGGGCCUCUGUGAGCGCCCUCACCGCUUCAGCAAGGGGCCCAACGGCACCCCCCGGGAGCUGCGGCACCAGCUGGGGCCUGGCCUGCGCAGCCCGCCCCGAGUCAUCUCCCGGCCCCCUCCCUCCGUGUCCCCGCCGAAGUGCAUCCAGAUGGAGCGACACGUGAUCCGGCCGCCCCCCAUCAGCCCCCCGCCCGACUCGCUGCCCCUGGAUGAUGGGGCGGCCCACGUUAUGCACAGGGAGGUGUGGAUGGCCGUCUUCAGCUACCUCAGCCACCAAGACCUGUGUGUCUGCAUGCGGGUCUGCAGGACCUGGAACCGCUGGUGCUGUGAUAAGCGGUUAUGGACCCGCAUCGACCUGAACCACUGCAAGUCCAUCACACCCCUGAUGCUGAGCGGCAUCAUCCGGCGACAGCCUGUCUCCCUGGACCUCAGCUGGACCAACAUCUCCAAGAAACAGCUGAGCUGGCUCAUCAACCGCUUGCCUGGGCUCCGAGACUUGGUGCUGUCAGGCUGCUCAUGGAUCGCAGUCUCAGCCCUCUGUAGCUCCAGUUGUCCGUUGCUCCGGACCCUGGAUGUCCAGUGGGUAGAAGGACUAAAGGACGCCCAGAUGCGGGAUCUCCUGUCCCCGCCUACAGAUAACAGGCCAGGUCAGAUGGACAAUCGGAGUAAGCUCCGGAACAUUGUGGAGCUGCGUCUGGCCGGCCUGGACAUCACAGACGCCUCCCUGCGGCUUAUCAUUCGCCACAUGCCCCUGCUCUCCAAGCUCCACCUUAGUUACUGUAACCACGUGACUGACCAGUCCAUCAACCUGCUCACCGCUGUGGGCACCACCACCCGAGACUCCUUAACCGAAAUCAACCUGUCAGACUGCAAUAAGGUCACUGACCAGUGCCUGUCCUUCUUCAAACGGUGUGGGAAUAUCUGUCAUAUUGACCUGAGGUACUGCAAGCAAGUUACCAAGGAAGGCUGUGAGCAGUUCAUAGCCGAAAUGUCGGUUAGUGUCCAGUUCGGGCAAGUGGAAGAAAAACUCCUGCAAAAACUGAGUUAG